AAAAUACUCCCUCUAAGAAUGUGUUGAGUGUGUUGUAAAUAGAGAAAUGACCCACUUGUAUGGAUUUGAACUAUAGUUCAGGAUUCUUGAGUUAGUUUAGUUUUUUGUAUUUGCAGAGCUUUUGAUUUGUGUUUAUGCUAUUGUAUCUUCUCUAUUUGGAAUAAUAUCUAGAUUAUCUUAACUGUCGUUGCAAUGAAAAUAUGUUCGAGAGAGUUGCUUAUUGGCAUUAAAUAGUUCACAUGAGAAUCAUCCUUCAAUCUAAAACUAUGAUGAAAUUCAAAUGCCAAUGGAGUUUUACUAUUUUUGGAGAGAUAUGAAACGAAAUCAUGAUUUGUAUUGCAAUGCUAUAUCGUAAACAAUACUGAUAUAUACAUGGACUUUUGAUGAUGAAUUGGUAAAACAUUCAUGUUUGACAUGUUAGAAGCAUAUCUAACACGAUUGUUCUAACUCAGUUAGUGUUCGGCUGUCAUCAGCGUGAGCCAUGGCUUUUCCGCUGUACUCAGGAGUGCUUUCCAAUAGCGAAAGCAAAUUAUUGCAUGAUAAAUCGAAGUUAACUAGUUGUGGAAGAUAUGGCUGCGGUAGAGCUAAUUUCAAUGGCAAUCUAAUAGUAAGAGUAGGUUUGGGUAGAUGGAACCUCCGGUGUGAAGGGUUGGGGCGGAGGCAGUCACCUUCAAGCUGCGGUGGGAUUAGCUCAGUUAUAGCCGAGGUGAAGGAGAAACUGUGUUUCCCGGAGGUGUCUAGUCUUGAUUUUUGGAAGAAACGGACCUAUGUUGAGGGAGCAGGGGUGGUAGUGGCGUUAGCACUGAUGAUGAGUCCCUUGGCUCAGGCUGUGGACGCAUUGAAAACUUGUACUUGCUUACUCAAGGAGUGUAGAAUCGAGCUUGCAAAGUGCAUUGCGAAUCCAUCAUGUGCUGCUAACGUUGCGUGUCUCAACACUUGCAACAACAGGCCGGACGAGACUGAAUGCCAGAUAAAGUGCGGAGAUUUGUUUGCAAACAGCGUAGUGGACGAGUUCAACGACUGUGCAGUCACAAGGAAGAAGUGUGUGCCUCAAAAAUCUGAUCUAGGCGACUUCCCCGCACCAGAUCUGGCCCUUCUAGUGCAGAACUUCAACAUGAGUGAUUUCAAUGGGAAAUGGUUCAUAAGCAGCGGUUUGAAUCCUACGUUCGACACUUUUGACUGCCAACUGCAUGAGUUUCAUACCGAGGGGAACAAGCUUGUAGCAAACUUGACAUGGCGGAUCAAGACUCCGGACACGGGCUUCUUCACCCGAACAGCAGUCCAGAACUUCAUCCAAGAUCCUAAAUAUCCGGGGAUAUUGUACAACCAUGACAACGAGUAUCUUCACUACCAAGAUGACUGGUACAUUCUCUCAGCCCAGGUGGAAAACAAACCGGACGACUACAUAUUCGUCUACUACCGUGGCCGGAACGACGCGUGGGACGGCUACGGCGGCGCAGUGAUCUACACCCGGAGCGCGGUUCUGCCCGAGAGCAUCGUGCCCCGGCUGGAGAAGGCGGCGAAGAGUGUCGGCCGCGACCUGAGCCAGUUCAUCAAGACAGACAACACGUGCGGGCCCGAGCCCCCCCUGGUGGAGCGGCUGGAGAAGACGGUGGAGGAGGGCGAGGGGAUCAUCGCGAGGGAGGUCGAGGAGAUCGAGCAGGAGGUCGAGCAGGGAGUCGAGAAGGCGAAGAAGACGGAGAUGACGUUGUUCGAAAGGCUGGCGGGAGGGUUCCAAGAGCUGAUCAAAGACAAGGAUUACUUCUUGCAAGAGCUGAGUAAGGAAGAGAUGGAUUUGUUGAAUGAUCUGAAAAUGGAAGCAAGUGAGGUGGAGAAGCUCUUUGGAAGAGCUUUGCCUUUGAGAAAACUGAGGUGAAUGUGUUGUAUAGUCAAAGAAUGAAAGAAAGAUUUAUUGAUUUUAUUAGUACCAUUUUAUGCAAAGACUCAUGUAUAGCUCAUACAUGAAUACAUGAUUCUAUAGAGAAAUAUCAUGCUACAUUUUAUAUGACCACUAUUUGUGAACAUAGUUAUCAUUUAAUUUA